AUGAGGCCGGCGAAGGUGUCCUGUCCGUGGUGCGUGGCGCUCGGCUUCAGCAUCAUCACCAUCGCGGUGCUGGUCAGGCGAAGCCAGACUUUCCGCUACUACUUCCGCCUGGCCACCUACUACGUGCUCACGUUGAUCGUGUGCGCGCUGGCAUGCAUUCCGUCCGUGUUUCGACCCUUCGAUCCGGAAAACAUGCUCUUCAUCAGCUUUGGCCUCAAGCAUCUCCGGUGGACCAUAGGCGUGGAAGCAGUGCUGCUCCACGAAGAGCGCAUACCCAAGGACAGGAGAUUCAUAAUGGUCGUCAAUCACCAGUCCAGCUUGGACGUGUACGGUCUAAUGCACGUUUGGCAGGAAUUCCACCCGUGCUUGGCCGUGAUGAAGCGCGAGCUCGUCUACACGGGCCCACUGGCGUUGGUGUGCUACCUUGCCGGCUGCAUUUUCAUAGACCGUCACGAUCCGCGGCAGAGCCACCGAGCGCUCAACGAACGCCUUGAUGAUAUCAGGAAUGGCAAGGCGAGCUUCAUGGUAUUUCCAGAAGGGACUCGGAAUCCGGAACCCAAGAUGCUACCGUUCAAGAAAGGUGCUUUCCACAUGGCCGUGGACUGCCAGGCCCCCGUGGUACCUGUGGUGCUCAGUAAUUACAAAUCCUUCUUCUGCUGUGAAGACAAGAUAUUUAAUGACGGUGUUAUUAAAUUGACCGUGCUGCCCGUAGUCAGCACCGACGGUUUGACCCUGCGUGAUGUGUCGGAUUUGACGAAGCGCGUCCAAAGCAUGAUGCAGGAUGAGCUGGACCAACAGCGAGACGAAGUGGAGGCAACGCGACAGGUGGUGCCCCUCGCCGCCGAUUCACAGCGGGCCGUCGUCACGCAUUUCACCAGCUCGGCAUCAAACGAGUCAGCACAAGCCACUAAGGAAGGACCUGGAAGUGCCCGAAGGAGCAGCCGCUUUGAACGAUCAGUCUGA